AACAACUCGAGGCCUUCGUUUUCGGUAGUUUUCUGUGAUUUUGAAAGCUAUGGAGAGUCUUGCAUGCCAAUGUUUAGCCGAGAAUUUUUAACACUUCGCCUAGUUCUUGAAGCCUUUUAAAACUUUGAUUUGUAUUAGCUUCGUGGUAAUAAUUAACUUUAAAGAUGGGGCGACGUUCCAUCAACACCACCAAGAGUGGGAAAUACAUGAACCCCACAGACCAAGCACGUAAAGAGGCCCGCAAAAAGGAGCUUAAGAAAAAUAAGAGACAACGGCAGAUGGUACGGGCAGCUGUGCUGAAAGGAAAAGAUCCGUAUCAAAUAAUUCAAGAGAUGGAACGCAUUGAUCAAAUGGAAUACAAUGUUCUUCAGCCCUCGCCACUCAAUGAAAAGGUUCUGAAAGAUAAACGUAAAAAACUGAAAGAUACUUUAGAUAGAGUACUGAAGAUGUAUGAUAAAGAUGAUCCAGAGCGUUGGGCAGAGCUCAAGACUCAAGAGGCUGACUAUGAGAAGCGACGAGCUGCCUUACUCCAGUAUUACGAAGCCGUGAGGCAUGCUCAACAAGUUCAAGUAGAAGAAAUUCCUCUUCCCAUUUCUUUAACAGGAGGAAUGCCAGACUCUGCAGGCUUACCUGGGCAAAUUCCAUUACCUGCAGAAAUUCCUUCUCACAUUCCUCCACCUCCUAGCAUUCUUCGUAAGAGGUCUGCUUACAGUCCACCUCGGAAACCCAAAAAGCCUCCUGGAGUUCCCCCAGGUCCUCCACCUGAGUUGUCUGAUGAUGAAGAGGAUGAAGAACCAAUGGACACAUCUGCUCCACCAUUACCAAUCAACAGUAGACGAAUUAGGUUUGAAGAUGACUAUGAAGAAAGGCCACCUGGGGAGGAACCUUUAGAAAAGGAAUUGCCACAUUCCAGUAUGUUUGAGGAGGGAGAAGAACGAUCCAAAAUUACUUUAGCCCCAACACCAAAGCCACAACCAACAGCAUUACAACAAAAAAUGUUGGCCAUGGCAGGGCAAGACAUUGAUCAGUUCAUGAGAGAGAUGGAGGAAGUCCACAGGAAGAGAGAGGCUGAUAGACAAGCUGACUUAGAUGCUCGUCUUGCUGCUUUGGCUGAAUCUGGGGAGGAUUCAAGGAGAGAUCAGGAUCAAGACUACAUUGAUGAGGGCCCUGGUGUGCCAGGUAAGACACCACCUGGACCACCUCCAAUACUUCCUGGCCAGCAGUCCUCUAUACCGCCAGGUCCUCCACCGCUGAUGAGCCUGCCACACAUGGUGUUCCGCCCCCCUGGCCCACCGCCACUGCAGGGCUCGGUCCGCGUGCCCCCAGGCCCACCCCCGGGCCGGCCGCCAGCACUGCCUCCGGGCCCGCCCCCAGGACUGCCCCCGCGCCUUGGCGUGCGGUUGCCCCCCGGCCCCCCGCCGGGCAUGCCUCCAAGACUCAUCCGCAUGCCGGGGGGGCCUGUGCCUAUGGGUAUGCCACCGUCCAUGAUGCCUGGAAUGCCGGGCAUGCCAGGUGGCUUACCUCUUGGUACACCCAAUGUGCUGUCUGCUGGACCACAGCUUAUCAAUAGAGUGGAAUCUAGUGAAGCAAAGAAGGGCGGUGCUACAAUAGAGGCCAAACCUCAAAUUAGGAAUUUAAGUGCUGAUGUAACUCGUUUCCUACCAACUGCAUUACGAGUGAAACGGGAUGAGAAACCAGUCAAAGCCCACAGAAUUUCUUCAGAUAUGCGAGGGGAUAUUGCUAUGGCCCGGCAGCAAGCUCAAGGUCUACCACAGCAGGGUGUUACCAAAGAUGAUGCUUACCAGCAGUUUAUGCGAGAAAUGGAAGGACUUCUUUAAAUUAAUGUGCAAGACAGAAAAAGUUAUCUUUAAUAAAAAUUUAAUCUUAUCUAAA